AUGAAUUAAAAAGUUUAAGCUGUAAACUAGCAGCAGAAGUAGCAAUCUUAGUAGCCUUAAGCUAGCCAAUUAAAUGUGCUUGAUUGGGAAUAAUAAAUAAAUUUAAGCGAUAAAACAUUACAGAUUCUGUAGUAAAUAGAAGAUCAAUAAGAAGAAAAGAUUAAUCUUUCUAGCAAUCAAUAAUAAUAAUAAUAGUAGUAGUAAAAGAGCCAAGUUAAAAAAUAGAAUGAGUAAGAAUAAUUAAAAGAUUUACAGCUAGAAAUAGGAUUGGAUGUAAGUGCUGUUUUGCAAAAGAUAGACAUCUCUAAUUAAGAGCUAAAAAUGAUAACAGAUAUCAAGAUUGCUAACAAAUAAAAUUAGUAUUUUUUGCAGUUUCUGAAUGAUAUUUUAAGCUCUCUUGAAGAAAUUAAAAAGCACUUUUAGCAUUUAGAAGACAACAAAAAGCAUGUUGUAGAAAAAAUCAAUGAAUUUUAUUAAGAAUCCUCUAAGUUAAUUGAUGAGCAGAAAAAUUUGCUUGAACUCCAGCAAGAAGUUAAAAGUAAUUUGUAAUAUUAUCUAGCUGUAGAAGAAAUUGAACAACAACUUGAUUCUGUCCAAAAAGAUAUGGUUGCUAGAUCUGCAUACGAAGACUAACUCUAAAGAUAUCUUAGUGAGAUAAUUGAUGGCAUAAUCUUUUUCUAAUCUCAUCCUAGUUUUUAGCAACAAGUUAACUAUUUGGCAGUUUAUUAAAAACUUAAAUUGCGUAUGACUCAGCUCAUCAAAAAUUUCUUCUUUAAAAUAUUUAAUAAAGAAUUUACAUUCAUAAAUACUCAAUUAACAAAGAAUGUAUUUAAAAACUGUUUAUCCAUCAUGAAGGAAUAUAAAAAUUUUCUUGAAUUUAACAUCAGCUACGACAAUCAAGCUAAAAAGGAUGUCUUCUAAUGCUUUAUGGGAAGCCAGCCCUAAUUCUACAGAUGCAUGAUCAAUAUUGGAGUAUAUCCUCAGCUGAAAAAAUGCUUUAUCCUUGAUCACUAUUUAGAAAAGUUAGUUGAAUCUGGAGUGAAAGACCUCCACUUAUUUGAACUUAAUGAUACUUUGAAAAACUUAAUCAGUUUUAUAGAAGUAAACAGCGAGAAUGAUAGUGAUUUAGAUGAACUCUACACUAAUGUUUUCUUAAAAUACAUGACUUAUUGUAGAGUUAAUUUCUAGAAAGAGUUGCUAGAAAACUUCUAAAGUAUUCUUUCUUCUUUGACUUACAAUAGCAGCAGGGAUGAAAAUUUCAAAAAAUAAGAUGCCUUCAACAGCUUUUGUCAUUUUUCUUUCGAAUAACUUUUAUGCGAAUUUAUUUACACUGAAUACCUUUUCAACUUCUCAACUUUUAAUACGACUGAAGCAGUAAAAGCUCACUGGCAAAAUGUUAUUGACAUCUAUUAUACUACAGCUCGCCCUUUAAUAUGCUGGGACAAUAACAAUCUAGAACUUUAAUUUAACAACAUUGAUAUCGUGACUGGUUACAUUUUUCACUUUGAUGAAAUAAUUGAUUACUUAAAAAAUAAUAAUAUUAUUUAUAAGCGACUUCUUGAGAACAUUUAAGGUAACCUCACUAUUUUCAAGGAUAUGGUCAGAAAUUACUUUGAUAAACUCCGUUAAGAAAUAAUGAGCAGAUUAAUACAGUAAGCUUAAAUUUACAUACAAGAUAAAAUAGUAUGCUUUGACAUAAAUCAAUACUGUAAGUAAAAUGCUUUAAUUGUCUAUAGGUUUGACUAAGAGCUAGCAGAAUAAACUCCAAAAAACAAUACAAAACAUAUACUAACUCAUUCUUAGUCUCUCUCUCUCACAGUUUAAUCUGAUCCUAAGACCCCUUAAAAUACUACUUCAGCUUCCUCUUCUAGGAAAGGUUCUUUAAUUAUGCCUGCUUCAUCUCAGCCUAACUAUCGCCUUUAAAGGAGAGAUGUCUUUCCUGCCAUCACAAAUGCAAUUUAAACAUUUAAAAAUCUUAAGAAUAGAGUAGAAAAAUCUAUAUUCUAAAAUAUGGUCUGUGAUAUUGUUAGUUCUUGUUUAAGUUCUAUUUAUCUAACAGCAGAAAAGUAUGAGUAAAAGUUUGAUGCCAUGCUUUUUGUCAUAAAAAAUACUUUAAUUUUAAACAACAACAUUUAAGAUCUUGGAGUUGACUUCACUAUCAAAGAAUAAGAACUUGACUUUACUGAAAUGAAAACUUUUAUUUCAGAUAUACAGCAAGGCAAACUCAGUCAUCUCUACAAAGGUGAUAAUAUAAAGGCAGAGAAUUUGUGGAAUACAACAACAAACUUCUUUAAGAUUUUAUAUAAAGGAAUGCCAAAACUGAAAGAGUUCACUAUUGACCUUAAAAACAGUAUGAUAACGUAAUUGAAAUAAGCUCUAGAGAGUCUAAACAAAGAUAUGACUUUUAUAAUAUCUAAGAACAUCAUUGAUUUUAUCAAGCGCUACCAUUCUUUCAAAAAUUGUUUGGAAGAAAUAAGCUAAAAUGAAGAGCUCCCUGAAGAUUAAGCUCAUUUAAAAAAGAAACUUCCAUUCACAUAAGAGGACAUUCUUAAAGACCUUAAUACUUUAUUAGAUUAAGAAGUAGUCAGUAGAUGCUAUCAUCUUUUCAUUCAAAAUUGUUAAGAAUUUAUUGAUGAAAUGAUAUCAAAAAUGAAUAAUUUCCUAGAAGAAGAUUUAUUUAUUGUGAUUUCUAAGAAUAUUGAGGAAAUCAUAGAAAACUGUAUAGAAUUAUUCUCUUAGUUUUGUAUAAUCUUAUCAAAGCAUCUCAAAAGCGAUUAAUACGACGCUCUUCAAUUCCCUGACCCUUCCGUUCUUAAAUAAUAAUGCAUUUCAAAAGUUAAAUUUAUAAAGCUUGAAUAAUGA